CCCUUCCUGUGACGCAAGAACAAUUUUAGCAAGUUUUUGAGUAAACGAAACUUUUGUUGGAAACAAAAACGGACCCAGUUAACAUCUGUACAUGCACGAUGUGCCCUUCAUUUAAAGAACUACUGAUACUUUGUAUAAUUGUCCCUGCUAUUGCAAUAGGGAUUCAGAUCUCCAAGCAACAAAAACAAGAUUUGGAUGAUGUAGGCGAUCCACUCCGGAUUCUAUUGGUUGGAAAAACAGGGGUGGGGAAAAGUGCAACAGGCAACACUAUCCUGCGACAGAAGUUUUUCAAAUCAGAGAUAUCAUCUUCCUCUGUGACUGGACAGUGUGAAAAGUUUCAUGCAAUAAUAAAUGGCAGAAAGUUAUCUGUCAUUGACUCUCCAGGUCUGUUUGACACCAGCCUAACUGUAGAUGAAGUGGUCAACAGAAUUAAACUCUGUAUCCCUCUCUCUGCUCCUGGUCCACACGUCUUCUUAGUUGUGAUUCAGCUCGGCAGAUUCACUGAUGAAGAAGCAAAAGCUGUAAGAAUCAUUCAAGCUGUUUUUGGUGAGGAAUCCUCCAAUUACAUCAUGACAUUGUUCACUCAUGGAGAUCGACUGGAGGGCAAAAACAUUCACACAUUUGUGCGGGAAAACCCAAAACUGCUCAGUUUCAUCAAAACAUGCAGUGGACGAUACCAUGUGUUCAAUAAUAAAGCACAAAACCCUGAACAGGUCAAUCAGUUGCUCGACCAGAUUGAUAAAAUGGUCACUGGGAAUGGUGGUCAAUACUACACCAGUGAGAUGCUUGAAAGGGUAGAGAGAGCGAUUGAGAAAGAGAAACAACGUCUCCUGAAGGAGAAUGAGGAGCAGAGACAGAGAGAGAUAGAAGCUCUGAGGACUCAACUUGAAGAUGAGGCCUAUGACAAAGCAUUAAAAAAGUUAAACAAUAAAUAUGAAGAGGAGGCAAGAAUCCAAGCAGAGACUGGGCUUCCAUACUUGAUCCACUUGGUCAGUUCUUUGAUUAAAUCAUUAAGCAAAUUCUUCUGGGAAAGUAAAACGAAACCUAGCUCAGUCACGUCUACUCGCACAACUAUCUGCACUAUGUGCUCUUCAUUUAAAACUGUGUAUGACAUUUCUCUAAGACCAUCAACAAUGACCUCAAAGUCUUGGAACUCUCCAACUUUCUCUACAAGAUUAUUGUUGCUUUGUGUAAUUGUUGCAGCUGUUUCAAUAGGACUUCAGUGGACAAGUGUCAUCUCAAUCAACAAAAAUAGCAUCUUUAAACAACAAAAACAGGAUUUGGAUGAUACAGGUGAGCCGCUCCGGAUUCUUUUGGUUGGAAAAACAGGCAACGGAAAAAGCACAACAGGCAACACUAUCCUGGGACAGAAGGUUUUUAAAUCAGAGAUAUCAUUUUCCUCUGUGACUGGACAAUGUGAAAAAUUUAAUGCAAUUAUAAACAGCAGAAAUGUAUCCGUCAUUGACUCUCCAGGUCUGUUUGACACCAGCCUAACUGUAGAUGAAGUGGUCAACAGAAUUAAACUCUGUAUCCCUCUCUCUGCUCCUGGUCCACACGUCUUCUUAGUUGUGAUUCAGCUCGGCAGAUUCACUGAUGAAGAAGCAGAAGCUGUAAGAAUCAUUCAAGCCGUUUUUGGUGAGGAAUCCUCCAAUUACAUAAUGACAUUGUUCACUCAUGGAGAUCGACUGGAGGGCAAAAACAUUCACACAUUUGUGCGGGACAACCCCAAACUGCUGAGUUUCAUUAAAACUUGCAGUGGACGAUACCAUGUGUUCAAUAAUAAAGAACAAAACCCUGAACAGGUCAAUCAGUUGCUCGACCAGAUUGAUAAAAUGGUCACUGGGAAUGGUGGUCAAUACUACACCAGUGAGAUGCUUGAAAGGGUAGAGAGAGCGAUUGAGAAAGAGAAACAACGUCUCCUGAAGGAGAAUGAGGAGCAGAGACAGAGAGAGAUAGAAGCUCUGAGGGCUCAACUUGAAGAUGAGGCCUAUGACAAAGCAUUAAAAAAGUUAAAUAAUAAUAAAUGACCAGCUGGCAAGAUACCAAGCUUAGAAUGAUCCAGACUUGAAAAUUCUUAUUUUGUCCAAGUCACAAUAAAAGCACAUCUAGAAAAUAUUUUUUGGCCUUCGUUUAAACCUAAGAAUAGGUAGCUUUUGACUUGAAGGUACUAUAUAAUUUCUGUCUACAACUGCUGUAUUAUACAGUUAUAAUAUGAAAAUGUACAUGUGUAGAUUAUGUACUUUUCUUUAACAUUCUUAGAACUUAUCAUCAUUCUUUAGAACUUAUCAUGUUGAACUAUGACUUAAUUAUUUAAUGUAUACCAGUGCUUUAAGUGGGCCGGUACGCACCUGUACUCA